CUCGAUUGGGAACUUCAGCGCGCAUCAACAUGACAGCUGCGAAAUUGCUACUAUGCUCUGCCUUGCUGGCUGUGAUGGCCGCUAGCUGCUCGGCUGGCUUUCUUGACUACAUUUAUCCCACAAUUAUGCAGGACUAUUAUAACCUUGCGCCUACCAAGGAGGGUUAUCGCUUCAACAUCGAUGAGCCCAAUGGUAGCAAGCGCGAGGAAAUUGGUGUUGUUAUGAAUCCGGGUACCCCUGAGGAGCAGCUGGUUGUUAUGGGUACAUACUCUUCAAUUGAUGAGAAGACCGAUACCGAAACUAUUACCAUGUACACAGCUGAUAAGGAUGGCUACAAAUCCCGCUAUAUGAUUAAGAAUCGCAAACUGAGCCCCGGUGCUCUGAAGUCCGCCGCUGGCUAAGUCUGUCAUUGUCAACCUUUCAAAAGUGAUAAAAGAUUAAUUUGUGUACUAUAAUUAUUAAUGCUGAUAAUAGAGUUGCGUUUGGAACUGGUUUAAAACUGGAACCUUGGCAAGUACAAAUUCGUUUCUUGGCAAGAUCAA